AUGGCGUCUCUCGGCCGCUGCCGAAGAUCUAUCAUCAACCAAAAGUCAAACGUCUUGCACAGAAAAGCACCACAACCACCAACCCAACGGCUUUUCCACUGCUCAUCCCAGUCACGCAGCAACACAUACUCAAACGCCAACAUGACGUCACAACCAAAAUCCCCAGAGGCAUGGUCGCCAACCAAGUACCUCGCCUUCAACAACGAGCGCAUGAAGCCAGUCCUGGACCUCCUCCACAACCUGUCCAAGUACGACAUGAACGGCAAGCGCAUCGUCGACAUGGGCUGCGGGCCAGGAAACUCGACGCAGGCCAUCUCGCUGACCUGGCCCGGCGCCGACGUCACCGGCGUCGACUCCUCGGAGCCCAUGCUCGAGCGCGCCCGCGCCGACGUCGCCCAGGCCGAGAGCACAGCCUCGCGCAGGAUCCAGUUCGAGCAAGGGGAUCUCGCCACGUGGAUGCCAGGCGACGGCGAGGCAAGCGCCGUCGACCUCUACUUCUCCAACGCCGCGUUCCACUGGCUGCGCAGCACGGAGCGCAUCCCCGCCGUGGUCAAGCUGUUCCGCUCGCAAAAGCCCGGCGGCGUCUUUGCCUUCCAGAUGCCCGACAACUACGACGAGCCGUCGCACGCCCUGAUGCGCGAGGUCGCCCUGCUGCCGGGCAGAGCCUGGACCGACAUCUUCCUCGAGGUCGGCGUGGGUUACCACGGCGCGCUGCCCAAAAGCGUGCGGGACGCCGGCGUCAUGGCGUCGCGGCCCGACCUCGACCCCAUCGAGCCCGCGGAGGAGUACUACGACGCCUUCAUGCCGCACGCCGCCGCCGUGGAGAUUUGGAAGACCACCUACUCGCACGUGCUACCCAGCGCCCGCCACAUCGUCGCCUGGGUCGAGAGCUCCGGGCUCAUGCCGUACCUGUCCAUGCUGCCGACCGACGCCAUGAAGGAUGAGUUCAAGGCAGAGUAUCUGGACCGUGUCGCGAGGGCAUACCGCACGACCUACGACGGCAAGGUAAUUUUGAGAUAUCCAAGGCGCUUCCUUGUUGCACAGCGAAAGUAG